GUACGGGAACUAGUUUUGGACAACUGCAGGGCAAAAGAAGGCAAAAUCGAGGGUCUAACAGCAGAGUUUGUCAAUCUAGAGUUCCUCAGCCUUAUAAAUGUUAUGUUGAUGUCUGUUUCAAAUCUUCCAAAAUUACCCAAGUUAAAAAAGCUUGAACUAAGUGACAACCGGAUUUCUGGAGGUCUAGAUGUACUAGCAGAGAAGCUCCCAAACCUCACACAUCUAAAUCUCAGUGGAAAUAAAUUAAAAGAUAUUAGCACCUUGGAACCUUUGAAAAAAUUGGAGCAUCUAAAGAGUCUUGACCUAUUCAACUGUGAAGUAACAAAUCUUAAUGACUACAGAGAAAGUGUAUUCAAACUCCUUCCUCAGCUGACUUAUCUGGAUGGAUAUGACAAAGAUGAUAAAGAAGCUCCAGAUUCCGAUGCAGAAGCUGAUGGGGAUGGUGUUGAUGAGGAGGAAGAAGAUGAAGUGCAGUAUAUAGCACAUGUACCUUGUUUUAUAGAGGGCGAAGAGGAAGAUGAUGAUGACGAGGAAGAAGGUGAGGAGGAAGAAGAUAUAGAUGAGGAAGAAGAUGAGGAUGAAGAGGAGGAAGAAGUGGGAGAAGAUGAAGACGAAGAAGAUGCAAGUGGAGAAGAAGAUGAGGAAGACUUUGGACGCGAAGAUGAGGAAGAGGAUGAAGAUGAGGAUGAUGGUUAG